AUGGCAGACACAACCAUCACGUCCCACGAGGACAUGGCGAGCCUCUCGUAUUUUGACAACUCGUCGGGCAAACGUAUCAACACAGAUGUCAUGCUCAUUGAAGCAAUCCGCACGCAAUACCCCAACCUCGACCUCGUGGUUGCACCCCAGGGCAGGCUCAAUCUUCUUGCGUAUGCUGGUGCUGGCUUAGCAGACGCGACGCCCCUCGACGACGUGGUCAAAGAUCCUGUCUACGGCCCAGGUGUCAAGCUGCGUUCUUAUAACCCCCCAGCCAGAAGACUUGACUCUGGUGCUGGCACAAUGGUCGAGCGCGUCAUAUUCGGAAAAUACAUGUACAAGUGGAAGGACCAGGAGGCUAUACUCUAUGUCGCAGAAGGACGCGACGGAGCAGGAGCAUAUCCGACUCCGAUUAUGCAUUACAUCUUGUCUAAUGCGACACACAAGGUCGACGAGCUGAUCAAGGACGCGACCAAGUGGGGAUCCGAACUGCACAACGAGGUCUGGGUCUUCGACGGGGGCUACUGGCAGAAGAGCGCUGAGCUAUACAAUUCAGUGCAGAAGAGCACAUGGGAGAGCGUCAUACUCGACGAGGACAUGAAGAAGUCGCUUAUUGCUGACGUGGAGAAUUUCUUCGACGGUCAACAGACGUACCAAGACUUAAAGGUGCCGUGGAAGCGUGGUGUCAUCUACUACGGCCCCCCUGGCAACGGAAAGACCAUCAGCAUCAAGGCUAUGAUGCACAGCCUUUACCAACGCGGUGCAAACGGAGACUCCAGACUCGCUGUUCCGACCCUAUACGUCCGUUCGCUGGCCUCUUUCGGUGGCCCUGAAUACGCCUUGGCGCAAAUCUUUGGCAAGGCUCGCGAAGAGGCGCCCUGCUAUCUCGUCUUUGAAGACCUGGAUUCCAUCGUCAACGAUCAUGUGCGUUCGUACUUCCUCAACGAGGUCGAUGGUCUUAAGUCCAAUGAUGGCAUUCUGAUGGUAGGUUCAACAAACCACCUUGACAGACUGGACCCAGGUAUCGCAAAGAGGCCCAGUCGUUUUGACCGCAAGUACUACUUCUCAGACCCAAACUACGACCAACGUGUACAGUACUGCAAGUUUUGGCAGGGAAAGCUUGAGGACAACAAGGACCUUAGCUUCCCCGACGAGCUUUGUGAAAAAAUUGCGGAGAUCACGCCCAAAUUCUCCUUUGCUUACCUGCAAGAAGCCUUUGUUGCGGCGCUGCUUGCCAUUGCCGCACGCGGUGGUAAGAGUGCUGCGGAGGCGGAGUUUGAAGCACAGAGGUGGUCUGGUCCUCAGGAUCCGAUGAAGUCAAUCACUGGCACUCUCCACUCCAACUUUGACAGAGUACUUCGCUUUGCUAAUUCGGAAGAUAUUGGCUCGGAACCAGACUCAGACCUUGACAAGCUAGAGCUCUGGGUCGAGAUCAAAAAGCAGAUCAAGAUUCUGAAAGAAGAAAUGAGCGAGGAGAAGCGCAAGACCAACGGCAGGUUUGAGCAUGGACCAACAAAGUCGACGCAGUUCAGAGACGAGCUCGACGCGGUUCUCCAUGGCCGACAGCAGCGGGGCAGUCGAUCUCAACGUCCUUUCUAG